CAAGCAAAAACUGUAGUUGAAACCCAGGAAGCUGUAGAGGAGGCAGCCUCUAACCUUAUUAUUCUGGGAUGCUUGACUGUCAUCAGGACAUUAAAAGCCUGUGAUGAAGUUUUGGCUUCCUCUUUGAAAUUUUAUUUGGAGGGUAGAUUGGAAGCACCCUUGAGACAAUUGCAGGAGGGCUUGGAAACACUGGGGGUGCUAAAAUCCCUACAAGACAACAUGAGCCUGUGGAACAUGUUUAUUGGAGGCCUCCCUGCUCUACUGACAGCUCAUCAAAUAACAGACCUCUUUAAGGUCUCUUUCUCAGAGCAAGGGAGUUCACGGCGUUUGGAGGAGGAGCGUGCUGUUGGCCAGUGGAGAGAUUGGCUGAUCGACAUAGAGGGUGGAGAUGUGGUGCUAACAAUAGAAGAAGAAGUCAGAGUGACAUUUGUCGACUUGAUGUUUGCUACAGGCACGAACAGAAUUCCUCCACUUGGUUUUGAUCCUGUGCCUACACUGGCAUUCCUUCAUGACCCAGUAAACGGUGUGAAGAGAGUUUUUCCAGAGGCAAACACGUGUGGACUAAUUUUGAGGCUCCCAAUAUAUGAUAGCUUCAGCAGCCACACGAUUUUGGGCAUUGUACAGUCCCCACAUUUUGGUCUAGCCUGAAGGUUUAUUCAUGUGGUUGUUGUUUUUUUUUUCAUGUUGAAAUAUUAGAAUGUUUUUGAUGACAAUGCCUUUUCACUG